CGCAUUGCUAGCAAUCAGCUGUUUAACCAAUGUAGUGAACAUACCCCGCGCACACCAUUGUGUGCUUUUCCACAUUAAACAGGCGGAUCACCUUAGUAACAUAAACAAAUAGCUGAACAGCCAUCUAAAUAAGGAUAUAAGUAUGGAAAGCAAGGACAAUCGAUCGAAAGAUAAACGCGGCAACAUGAAAAAAUAUCGCAAAAAACCGCCAACACAACAGAAUAAUAACACCUCGUCCAGCUCACAGGUGGAGAUAGUACGUGGUGUAGUCGAUGUGGCCGAUUCAAGUGAUGAACGUUUUGUUUCACGACGCGGUUGGGCUACUUCACGUCCACAGCCACAAACACGACGCUAUUCGCUAGAUGAUGAAGAUAAUGAUUUGAAUGAAGCAGAAUCGGCACAAAUGCAUGCGGGUGAUUUCGGUUUAAUGGCACAAUUGCCGACAUCUGUGGGUGGAUAUUUCCAGUUCUCAUCUGAGAAAAACUGGGACACAGUGGAGGGUGAACAAUUGUUGGACAGCACUGAAGCUAGUCAGUAUUUUACAUUAAAUUUGAAAUUAUUAAAUGUUGGCUUGCAAACGAUACCGUUCUAUAAGCGCAUGGAUUAUGCGGCUUCCAUGUUUACGCGCGAACAAUUGCAGACGAUGGAAAAAGCUGCCGAGGUGGCAGAGAAGAACUACCAAAAUGUACUGCAUGAGCACAAGACAAAUCCACGCAUUAAAAUUAAUAGUGGUAGUCGAAAAAGUGGCUCCGGGCGUUCACAGAAUAGUGUUAAGCCCGCAAAUGUGGAACAAAGUGAAACUAAUGCACCCGAUGAAUUAGAUGAGCUGCUGAACUUAGCGACAGCUGCUGUUACAAAAGUGGACAUCAGUGGUGCUGGCGCUGAGAAUGAAGCGGCGCCUAUACAUAAUGCAAAUGAGAAUGCUGCCGCAAACAAGGAUGACAUACAGGAGUGGUUAGAUAAUGUGUUGGAGGAAUAGUUGAAGCAGAGAACGUAUAUCAUUAUAUUUGUAUAUUUUACGUUCUCUGGUUGAAGUGAGGACUAUGUCGAGAUGUUUUUGCAAUAUAAAUACAAAAUACAUUCGCAUAUAUACAUACAGUAUUUAGUAUGGAUGAUUGUUUUAAUAUAUACGCGGUUAAGGUAUAUAAAUGAAAUUAUACUUACCUUAAUUAUAAAUUUUUUUUCUGCAUCUCAAAUUUACUUAAAGCGUGCACUUCCGGCAGGUGUGAAAAAUAUUUAACGAUACAUAGAAACUCACUUGCUUAUCACAAAUCAAACUAUACAUAUAAACAUACCCAUUUUCUUGGGAAAAGUUUGACUUUUUUAAUUUAACAAUUAUCAAACAGUAAUUCGCAGCUAAAUUUCAUAUUACUUAGGAAUUGGACACUUGUAAGAGACUAUCAGAAUCAAUAUGUCAGCGUUUACAUGCAUAAAUUGCUGUGUAAAAUUUGCCUCGGCGGAUAUACAGCGGGACCAUUACAAAACUGAUUGGCAUCGGUUUAAUCUAAAACGUCGCGUUGCUGAACUGCCAGCAAUAAGUGCCGAACAAUUCCAAGAGCGUGUGCUGCGUAUGCGGCAAGAAAAGGCGAUCGAGGAGGAAGAGAGUCAAAUGAGCUUCUAUUGCAAUGCCUGCCGCAAGCAAUUUGGCAAUCAGAAAGCCCAUGAUAAUCACCUAAAUAGCAAAAAA